AUGUCUGAACCCGAGCUCACCAAUCUCAUCCUUUCCCUUGCACAGGCUCUUCGUGAGCCUGAUCUUUCCAUAACCCACAUUCUGUUCACAAGUCACUUGGAAUCUCAUAUUUCUAAUGCCUUUCAGAACAAAGAGGUGCACUUGUUGGUGUGGGAGAUACCCAUGAGAACUUCUGGGGAGGGUGGCAUCAUCUUGUUGGAUGGUGCAGACAUUGACAACAACAUCUGUACUUUCUUGUGGUAUUCCUUCAGAGAGCUGGAAAGUCGCCAUCCCAAUUUCCCACAGCCAUUGGAGGUUGACCUUGUGAGGCUGGCAAGCCAAGCAGGUAGACAUUUCAUCAUGGUGUCUAUGAUGAUGAAGUUUAUUAUUGACAAUGAAGACAAGGAUCCACAUGAUCGGUUACAGCUGAUGCUCAAGCUGACAAGUGAGCUGCUGCCAGGAACGGAGGUGUAUAAGUUAUAUGAUUGUAUCCUGUCCACGUGUGCCGACCCCAUGUGGGCAUACCUGCAUUUGUCCAUUGUCGCCACCCUCACAGACCCUCUUCCCAUCUCACAAAUCUCAACACUUCUUGGUCCUGGUUUGGGAAGGGACAUGCAGACAAUGCUAAUACAGCUACGGUCUGUCAUGAAUAUUCCUACUGACAUCAGUCUCCCUGUGAAUGUAUAUCACUCAUCCAUUCGUGACUAUGUCUCUGACCCCUCAAACUGCAGCCUCCCUGAAGUGCACAGCAUGUCAUUACCCCAUUCCUUACUUGCUGAUGCCUCUCUACACUUGAUGAUGAAAGAGAUUCAAGAAAGCACAGCCCUUUUGGAUGCACUCUCAGAAUUGGAGAAGCAAAGCAAUGUUAUGCAACCUGAGGACCCCCAUAGGUUAAAAGACUCAUUAGUGUUCCUUGUUCAGCAACAAAAGCCACUAUUUACAAUCUUGGCUGCAGACCUGGGAGGGACAAGACUGGCUGUGGAAGCUGGAAGUACAAAACUUGCUGCAGACACAGGGAAGACAAGACUUGCCACAGGUGCAGGGAGGAUCACAUUUGUGGUGGGACUUUGGAAGAUCAUACUAGUUGCAGAACCAGAAAGAAGAAAUGCUGCAGAUCCUGGAAGCACCAUUCCAGUUGAUAUUCUGGCCGACAUUCUGGCUGAUUGUCAUAUCCCACAAUCUGGACCCAUGUUCCAUCAUAUUCCCAUGCCUUCCGAGCCUACAUCUGGACCCCACUUCAUAUCCAACUCAUUCCCAGAUCCCCUUCCGCUGUGUGCUCCACACCUCAGCAGGAUCGACUCCACUCCAGAUUUACCCCUGAGCUCUGGACCUCCAGAUCCUCACUGCUAG